GGCAUUCUUGACGCCAGGCCAAGGCCGGGCAGCUCCCAGGCGCAGCCAGGCCUCGGGGGCCCCAGUGCCAGGGGAGCGCGGGCGCUUCCCGCCGGGGGAGGAAAGGAGGCGAGCGGUGCCCCAUGGACGUACCGAGAGGGGCUGGACAAGGGGUCCGGAAAGGAGCAGCAGCUGCCAUAAACCCUCCCACUGCAUAGGCCAGUAGCUAAGUGGGACACAAGGAAAUCCGCACACUUGUCGACCCUGGAUGUUAACUUUUCUGGGGCACUUCCUGUCGUAGUGGGUUUGUCCCAGUAUCCUUGGCUAAAAUCAUUCCUCCCUAUUAUAUUAGUAGCAUUGAAGUGGUGCCUAAGAACCCCAUUCAUGGACUACUACCUAAGUGUGCUAGGUGCUGUACAGACACAUCAAAAAGAUGGCCACUGCGUCAAAGAGUUUGCAGUUCACCUGAUCUUUUCCAUAGACAAGCUUGAUGUCAUGAUAUCCUGACAGAGGCUACUGAAAGGCUCAAAACAUUACAACUGCUGAUAUAUAGACAUCCACAUCUUUUGAGCAUCCUCCAGCACUGUCUCUAACACUGCCCACCACUUUUCUGUCCCAUCCGGAUAUGUUAGUAUUGAGCUGGAGACUGAUGGUAACGGCCAGGAACUUAGUUUUAUCUCUGCUUACAACCAGAUCAGUGCAUGCUGCUUCUUGCCUAACCAGAUCAGUGGUCAGCUGCAGUGUGAUUUGCCAAACUGAGCCAAGCCAGCAAGAAAUGUAAUUGGCAUAUUCAGGAUCUUGAAGCAGAAUGAUGUUCAGCACAGUGCCACUGAUAGUGGUCUCCUCAAGCUUAUCCAUCAACCAGUCAGUGACAAUAUUGAACAAUAAUGGUGACAGAACACAGCCUUAACGAACUCCUAUAGCUUGGAGAUGGGACCCAUCUCUUGCUGCAAAGUUGCAGCUCUGUGGAACCAAGGAAGAUUGAAGAACACCAGAUUGAUGUUUUUGAUUCUCAUCUUCUCAGUCAGCUGCUCUGUAUCGAGGAGCAGGACAAGAUCUGAGAGGAAGACCAACAAAUUCUGAAGUUUGUGUACCAAGGAAUGUCGCUGCAUGGGCGGCGAGCACAUGGGCACCAAAAACUUUGGUGGUGUGACAAGAUUGCCAGUGAUGGGCUUGUGACCCAGGAGCCUCUUAAUGCCACCUGGCAAUGGGCACAACUGUAUUGGGUUGCAGGAAUCUCCUGAGUCAGAAUAUUGAAGCAUGUUUGUUCCAAGGUCUCUUAAAGUCAAGAGGAAUGCUGAUGAUGACCUAAGCUGUACAGCAAAAAUAAAAAAGUUGUCUUCUGGAGAACCCUCAUUAGUGGAGGCCACAGACUUAAGAGAUGUUAAGCCAACUAUAAAAGAUGCUUCUGCUUCAGGAUGUAAUUUAUAUAAAGCAGUACAAGAAUGCACAGAGCUACAAAUUUUUCCAGAUUCAGACUUCCCCUUUGCUGAUGAAUCUUUGGGAAGGGACAACCAAAAUGCUGAUGAAGACAGUUCCUCUGUAGAUGAACCCAUUAAAUCUUUCAGCAAAUCCCAGCGCUCGGCAGAACCUGGAGAACCUAUAUGUGUUGUUUGUGGUCGUUAUGGUGAAUAUAUUUGUGAUAAAACAGAUGAAGAUGUUUGUAGUUUGGAAUGUAAAGCCAAACAUCUUUUACAAGCCCAAGAAAAAGAAGGGUUAAACUCUGACAGUCUUGUGAAAGUAGAAUCAAAACCAGAAACUCUUUUGCCUGUCAUGCUUUAUACCUAUAAAGAACAUUCCUUUAUUUUAAGCCUGCAAGAUGACCAGAUCAAGAACCUUAAAUUGCAGUUAGGUAUUGUUGUCCAGGGCGAAGGAGUUACAAGACCUAUUAUAGAGUUUGAACACUGUGGUUUUCCUGAAACUUUAAACUAUAAUUUAAAGAAUUCAGGCUAUGAAGUUCCAACCCCUAUCCAGAUGCAGAUGAUUCCUGUUGGACUUUUGGGAAGGGAUAUCGUGGCCAGUGCAGACACAGGCUCAGGAAAAACUGCAGCCUUCCUGCUUCCAGUUAUUAUUAAAGCCUUGGAAGAGACUAAAACUCCAUCUGCACUUAUUCUGACACCAACAAGAGAGUUAGCAAUUCAGAUAGAGAGACAAGCUAAAGAGCUGAUGAUUGGUCUGCCUAACAUGAGAACAGUUCUUCUUGUAGGAGGUUUACCACUGCCACCCCAACUUCAUCGUCUGAAACAAACUGUUAAGGUUAUAAUAGCAACACCCGGAAGACUCUUAGAUAUUUUAAAACAAAGCUCUGUUCAGCUCCAUGGUAUUAAAAUUGUAGUCGUGGAUGAAGCUGAUACCAUGUUAAAGAUGGGCUUCCAGCAACAAGUGCUGGAUAUUUUGGAAAACAUCUCCAGUGAUCGUCAGACCAUAUUGGUUUCAGCCACAAUACCAGUUGGCAUUGAGCAGCUGGCAAAUCAACUUCUGCAGAAUCCUGUGAGAAUAACCAUUGGAGAAAAGAAUCUGCCAUGUUCCAAUGUUCGCCAGAUUAUCUUGUGGGUAGAAGAACCGUCUAAAAAGAAAAAACUAUUUGAAAUAUUAAAUGAUAAGAAACUCUUCAAACCUCCAGUGUUGGUAUUUGUGGACUGCAAGCUAGGAGCAGAUCUUCUGAGUGAUGCUGUUCAUAAAAUCACAGGAUUACAAUGCAUAUCCAUGCAUUCUGAUAAAUCACAAACUGAAAGAACAAAUAUAUUGCAGGGAUUAUUUCAGGAAAAAUAUGAAGUCGUAGUAAGCACUGGAGUCCUUGGGCGAGGACUUGACCUUGUCAAUGUCAAACUGGUAGUAAAUUUUGAUAUGCCCUCAAGCAUGGACGAAUAUGUACAUCAGGUUGGAAGAGCAGGAAGGCUGGGUCACAGUGGAACUGCAAUUACUUUUAUCAAUAACAACAGCAAGAAGCUUUUUUGGGAUGUUGUAAAGAGAGUAAAACCAACAGGCACGAUUCUUCCUCCACAGUUGCUAAACUCCCCUUAUCUUCAUGACCAAAAGAGAAAAGAACAACAAAAAGUUAAACAAUCACAGAAUAAUCUUGUAACAGGUGAUAAUCUUAUGGACAUUAUUAGAAAACAUGACAAAAGUAAUACUCAGAAGUGAUUAAUGGUAUUAUAUGUAUAAAUGUGUAAAUAUAAUGAAAGCACUGUAUUUCAGUAGUAAUUAAAUGUGAAUUUAUAUCAUUGGUA